UAUAGAAUAUUCGUGAAGCCACCAUAUAGGUUGUAUGUUUGUUUGUAUACUCUUGGUACAUAAGCGGUUUGCCUGCCGCUGUUUAUACUUUCCCCGGUCUUUUCAUCGAAACGAGUAAGUAUAGGUAUGCUGGCCGCAUGGAACUCUGGGUAGGAGAGUGCCCCUUUACUUACGUCAAGAACGAAGACGAGAGCUAGAGAGACGGACUUAAUCGGCGCGCAUUGAUACUUGUGUAAACCCAGAUAAUCUGAUGACAGCACUGGGCCAUAAUGGCUGCGAGUGACGACAAUGGCGCAGGUGACAUACACAGAGAGGUUUGGGAGAAGUUUUUAGACCAGUGCUGCGCAAAUAAGGAGCUAGCUUCCAAACUGAAAUUACGCAAGGACCAAAGAGAAACCCGGAAACGGUUUGGACCUGAUGUCGACGAAGGCAUUGACUCACGCCCCAACUCCGGCAGUGUGGGCAGUGAAGGUCGUGAUCCAGAUAGGUCUAUAGUGAUGCGCAUACGGGAGUUAGGUGAAGAGCUCAAGUGCGCCAUAGACGACGUUGUGAAGUCAUGUGAAGACUACGAGAGUCUACAAGCGGAAGCCCUGACCACACCGAAGCAGGACCACGAACUCCACAACCCGCCGAUGUCCCUAGUCCCAGACUUUCAGCUGGUGGAGAGGAUGUCGGCAGCAGCCCGCAGCAACAGACUGACCCUGCGAGACGGACAUGCACGACAAAGUGUACCCACAGAACACACGGAGCACGACGAAUAGAGUGUCCAAGAGAAUUGAGGACUGACCAUUUCAUGUUGUUAAACGUCGAUUAUUAUCCAUAGAUUAAGUUAAAAUUGUGUUACAAGCUAGCUGGUGGCCAGCCACAUUUUUCUAUUAUCGUAAUGGCAAAAUAAGGUAUUAUGAACACUGGCAAUAGUAUUAAUUUUAAACUGUUUAUAAUUAUGACGUAAUGCAUGACGGGACUCAAGUGACCUUGGCUUUGGUUGCUCGGAGACGACAGCAGGUUUACUCCGAGAGGGUAAGGCUGUGACUACUGAGGUUCACAAUAUACCACAACCACUAUUAAUUUGGGUUCGUUUGACAUACAGUUGGUCUUGUGUAUAUCUACCGGAAUGUGAUAUAUUCUUGUAUAUACAUCAAUCAUAAUUCAUUCAAGUCAAUAUCAGUUGUGUCGCUGAAUACCUCGUCCACAUUUGUGAACAUUUGGCUAUGUUCAAUAAGGUGAAGGGAUUUUGUCACAACACAUAAUAUGUAUGUCCGGGUGGGAGCUAUGCUAUGGAGCCUAUGAUCCGUUGUGUGUGUUGUGCUUCAACUUCAGUGUUAUUAUAUAUGUAUAUAUGGAUAGAAUAAUGCGCAUAUAUAUACUCUCUUGCUUAUGUGUGAGUGUAUGUGUAUAAUCGUCUCUUAGAACUAAAUAUGAGUCGUAUUAUAUUCCUCCUGUACUAAGUCUUAUGUUUGUAUAUAUUCUUGAAGAUGUACAGCUAUGUGACGUAAAUGAAAUAUAUGUGGACAUGUGUGCUGUGGGUUACUUCGUGUAUAAAAUCUUCAUUUUACCUCAGAUCACUAUCAGCAUGACGACAUGAUACAUUGGAUACUGUAUGUGGGAGUCUUUAAAUAAUCCAAUUUGAUAAACCAGUGCUUGUUAAUAUUACCUCUGUCUGCAUACAUUUCUGCAGCGUUUUGAAAACAUUUCAAUAAUAUGUUGUGAAAUAGUUUCACCCAACAUGAUGUUUUUUAAUAACAUUUGGAAAAUAUUUCAGUAAGAUUUUCAGUAGCUUUGAGACAUUUGAACCUUAUUUGUAUGAUUUGGCAAGUAUGUCCACAAUCAUUUGAAACAUGACAAUAUUUCAUUAAAUAUGUUCUUGCAUAACAUCUCUUCAGCGUUUUAAAAACAUUUCAAUAAUAUGUUGUCAAAUAGUUUCACCAAUGUUACCGCAUGCUGUUUUUUAAUAACAUUUAAAAUACAUUUCAAAAACAUUUUAAAUCCUUGUGAAACAUAUUUAUAACGUUACGGAAACGUUUUGACGAAAGUAUUUAUAAAAACAUUAUUUUGAAACCUAAUGAAAAUGUUUGGAAAUGUUAUGUGUUUGCUGGGAUAAUCUCCUGUCAACCAGAUUACAGGCCUGGCCUCCUGAUCAAUUCAGUCUUACAACUGUUACAGGAAAUGGGUUGCUAGGGAUCUAAUCUAAUCAGAGGAUGCACCAUGAAAACAUCGCACUUUAAUAUAAGGAAAAUCCCUCUCGUACUGAAUGAACAUACAACCUUGUGCUGGGCCAUGAGUACGGUGUUUCCUCUUUCCUUUGAACACUCCCCUUUCCUUUGAACACUCAAUGAAUUCGUGAUAACGCCUCAACAGUUUCAUUCAUUCAUAAAAUUCCGGGUCGGUCCUGACUGGUUGAAAACCAACCUACUGCAACCUACUCCGGGGCAAUGAUAACUUAUCAUAACAUGUUAUUUUGCUGACAGCAGGGAAUUCUGGGUAGGCGAGUGCUACCCUUAUGCAAUCCUCCCGAAAUGGACGAAAGUUUGUAAUACACGAUGAAGUGAAAUUUGGAUUGUAUUGUCAUUAUAAUCGACUCGUUGCAGUCCGGACGUUGCCAUUUUACGUGUAUCAGUCCUGCGAGCCGAUGUGACCACACCCAUUCGCGACACAACGCGUCAGGAGAGAAGCCACGUGACUACAUGACCUCUGACCUUGAAUAGUUUUGUGGUUUCACGUGUGAAGAUUCAUACGGAAACAAGCUUACGCUGAAGUACAGUGUUGGAAUAUAUAGUCAAGUGUUCCUGCAUGCCCAUAAGCAGUUAACGAUAAGGUGCAUUGACAUCCUUUACUGGCAGAAUGACAGCUCCUACCAUUUGGCAGCUGGGCGAGGAACUCAAGGGGAAGCUACUGCCCGUCCUCAGAGAUGCCAAGGAGAUGAAGAGCAAGAUUGACCUUGAGAUCAGCCACAAGCAGGACGAGAUGGAGUACAGCUCGGUGGUGACGAGGUCGUGCAAGGCGCCGGUCCCAGAGGAUCCCAAGAAGAUUAGGAGGCUCUGUGAAAGCGUCAUCGACAACAUCCGGGCAACGAUUGACAGCUAUGAGCGUCUGCACAUGAUAGGAGAAAAUGGUGGGGUGCAAGAGACUGGUCAGGUGUCCACCACAUGUCCCGAGUUGGAUGAUGAAGCAGAGAAAAUAAUCCUACCAACUCCAGAGACUGAACCACCAAGCCCAUUCUGUGAUGUGGAAAAAAUGGAUAUCCAGGAUGUGAGUGAGACUGACAUAUCAGACAGACAAAGGCGGGGAUCUCUACGUCCGCAACUUGUACGCCGGGGGGCAGUGGAGCAUGUGGAACAGGAGACAGUCGACCUGGGGAAAUAACUCAGUCACAGGCAAACUGUAGUGCUACAGUUUGCCUGUAACUCAGCUGAUGUAGAUCUGGGAGGGGCAGCUAGCAGAGGGGGGGACACCCACAGCAAGAAGGGAUCUCAUGGCAGUAAUAUGUCCUCAUUGGGGGUUCAUUGUACACAUAGUUCAUAGACUGUACAAGGGUCACUGAAACUUUGAGGAUGACUACGCAGUUUAAUACUGGAAGAUACAGUUCCCCCUUCUCUGUACAGACAUACGUCUGACGUUGUUUUUUGGCCACUUUUGUGGCCACUGUGUUCAAAUUAUUUUUGCAAUGUCAACAUGGGUAGGUGUGCUGUACUGAGUAUAUCCUUCAAGUUGAGCUGUUGCAAACAGUCUGGAAAUUCAUGCUAGUCCACUAGCCAAAGUACAAACACUAAGGACACAUCCAGUGAUGGUAGUCCUCAAUGACAAGUAUUUGUGGGCAAAAAUUCAUAUCCUGUUCCAAAUGCUUCCAACUGGAAUGUAAUUGACAAUGUACAUUUGACAGACAAUGUAAAAAUGGGUAACAGUUUUGUCUUUUCCAAACAGGACUAGCUACAAACUCUGGAGAACCUUGAAAUAAGAUUAGCAUUAGUCAUCUGGACCAGUUAUUAAAUAUGAAUUCCCAAGUCUAUCACAUUACCACUACUAACUCUUUCCCACCUUUCUGUUGUCCAGAAAUGCCAAAACACACAUCUGUCUGACAACAUUCCCCAGCACGGUGACAUUCAGAUAUAGAUGAUCCC